AAAAUCUUUUUACAAUAAGCAUAUUAAAAUGGUUGAUAUUGUGAUGAUAAAUAAAUAUACUAAUUGCACUUGAAUGUCAUCUUCAUCUAUACAAAAAUCACAACGAUGAGUGUGGGUGUAACAGCAGAAGCAGAAGAGUAUCACUCAAAAGACUUUGAAUGGGAAACCUUGAAACAAGAAAUUGAAAACAACCCUUCUCUCCAUUACCACUUUCUUCCAUUCCCUCCUCCUCCUUCUUCUUCUUCUUCUUCGUCUUCUUCACAACAACAACAACAAACUCUCAAUGAUUCAGAUGCUUGGAGAAAGUUUCACAAUCGUCACUCAGCUGGCAAGUUCUUCAAGGAGAGACGAUAUUUGCUGAAGGAAUUUCCAGAACUUGUUUCUUGUGGAGAAUCUUCAAAACUCUUGGAAGUGGGAUGUGGUAAUGGAAGUACCAUUCUUCCAAUAUUGCGUGGGAACAAGGAUAUCAUUGUGUAUGCUUGCGACUGUAGCUCUGAGAUUCUUGAAAGGGCUAAAGAAUUUGUGGAGACCAGUGAUGUAGCCUCAGUUAAGAAUCGAUUUUUCCCAUUCUAUUGUGACUUUUGUACAACUGGCUUUCCAGAGUGGUUGGCUUGCAAUUAUUGCAGAGGAAGUCGACCACAAAAGCAGCAUGAUUGUUUUUCAGAUAUUGAAGAGAAAAAUAGACCACAACUAACAUAUUUGUCGAGAGAAAGUGACUCUUCCAUUGCCGGUGUUGACUUUGUCACCUUGAUUUUCACACUAUCAGCAGUACCACUGCAAGGGAUGCCCAGAGCCCUCAGAGACUGCUACUCUGUAUUGAAGCCCGGCGGCCUGCUCUUUUUUAGGGAUUAUGGCCUAUAUGACAUGACUAUGCUGCGAUUCGAGCCGGAACAAAGAGUGGGUUUCAGGGAGUACAUGCGGUCAGAUGGAACCCGUUCUUAUUUUUUCUCGAUAGAUGUUGUCAGGAACCUCUUCGUGGAUGCUGGCUUCAUUGAGGUUGAACUUGAGUAUUGUUGUGUCAAGUCUGUGAAUCGUCGAAAUGGGAAGAGCAUGCAAAGGGUGUGGGUUCAUGGGAAGUUUAAGAAGCCCCUGUGAAGUGCUUCCAUUAGGGCAUCUCCUUAUCGAGGACUGAACCAGGGUAUGCAGUUUGUGGUGAUUCCAUUUUGAGAGGCUGAAAUUGCGCCGUAAAAUGAGACGAAAAACGAAUUGGAAAAUCUAAACUACUUGCAUAAGAUGUCUAGAUGCACUUUUGAUUUAUGCUUUCGCCUUAGAACGCUAACGCAAUCUCAAGGCAUUGAGAAAGUGCAUAAAAGCAUCCUAAGAUGUUAGCCUGACCAAGCAAGAAUAUGUAAAAACCCUCUAAUGGGCAAUGGCCACUAUCUUGAACUUUUAAGGUCUAAAUUAUAGACUGUAUAUUAUGCUGCUCUUCUCUUCUUUUCAUUUGUAAUUUUCUCCCUUCCUAAUUA